AUGAGUUCCCUCGAUGUGAAUGUCGCAACAGGUAUUGUCCAGGGGAAUACCAAUACCCCCGACCUCAUGGGCGCGAACGCGUCAGUCGUCGACACGGUCGCCCCGACUGCGCAGGUGUCGCCAGUCGUGCGUAACACCACUGGGCGCGGAGGUAACCGAGGUUCCAACCGGAAGGUCCCCAUUCCGCCGCCGCCACGCGCUUCUCCUUCCAGUUCUUCGGGCUAUCCCGGUGUGAGCUGGAACAAGCGCAUGGGAGCGUGGCUGUCGUUCUACUACGACGCCGAUACGCGCCGAAGUCGUACCUUCCACCCCAAGUACUACGACUUUGACGUCGAGAAGGCGAAGCAGGCUGCCAUUGAGUUCAUGAAAUCGAUUGAAAAGCACCCGCGCUGUAGUUUACGUAAGAGCCGGCGUGACGCCAAGAACGCAGCGUUUCUGAAUGGCGGGUACAACUUCGACCCCCAGUACCUGGAUAUUCCAGGGCGUACCCGAAAGCGCGCUGCGGUCCACCCCAUCAACAACAGUGAGUACAAAACGCGGAGCUCGAAGAACCAGAUGAACAUGCCCGCCAACCAGAAUACGAUGUCGGAAAUGUAUGACAUGGAAUCUUUGAAACGCAACUUCCAAAUGACGUCGAACUUUUUGGACCCGUGCUACGGAGGAAAUUCGGGCUCUAUGGAUAGUGGUGAAUACAUUAAUGCUAACAACGUCCUGGAGAAUAACUACCUCAGCGGAUCGUUCGAGUCGCAGCAGGAUUUUGACAAGGGGUAUCAGAGUCCGAUGACCUGGCCCGCGUGCCAGAGCUUCUUCGGCAACCCGGAGUACUACAUGGAUUCCCAGAACUACAGCGUGCCCUUCCUCGAGGGCGACAUGGCCUACACCUCCCCCAGCAACGUGUACUCCGAGGGUGACUUGCCCUACGCCGGCAACAGCGCGAGCAGCUCGCAGCAGGUACACGGCGAACAGGUGGGAGCGGAGAACCAGGAGUCUCAGUCGCAGAACAUGUUUGUUGGCAACUACGAGAUGUCGCCCACCAACGAGGACGCGGAGAUCCACAUGCUGAUGCAGUCGAUCGCCCUCUCGCCGAGCGAAAGCUUCGACGGGCUUCGCCCGACGACCUACAACUACGGCGACGGCACCAGUGGCAGCAGCGGCUCCGCCAACAACAACGCUCCGCAGCCCUACUCCAACAGCGGGACGACUCCGCUGGGCAGCCCCUACUUGUCGCCUUAUGUGCAGACCAUCUACAACCAGUUCCCCGAAGACUCUGAUCUGAACCGCACCUUCGGUUUUCAGAACCUAAUCCUCGCCAACGAGACGCAGCCGAAUCAGCAGACUCAGUCUGCCAUGCACUCACAGAGCUAA